CAGCCGAUUAAAUCAGCUCCUUGGAGUACUGGGAGAUUGCAAACUACCCUACGCACAGAGGACAUUGAGUGGCAUAGAUGCCAAUGCCACGCACCUUCGGUUACACCACUGUGCAAUCAGCGCGCGGUCAAUGACACUGUAGCAGCUCGGCUGAUUUUCCAGCUACUGUAGCAGAAGCGAGCUCUGUGCGUGUGUGUUUGUGUUUGGAGGUUUUUUUCUUCUUCCUAUAGAGUAGGAAGCCUAUGAUCAGCAGUGGGCUGCAAAGUCCUAGCUGCUUCUGUGCUGAAUUUCUGAGUGCUGUCACCCAGCGGAGGAGAAGAAAAGAUGGCAACGCCAGAGCAGCUGUCGAGCGCCACAAUGCCCAGUCUUUUUGAAGCGGCGACGGUCAGCACCGAGCGAGCAUGGAAGUGAAGGUGCUGCUGUCCAGUUAUGAGACAACGUGGAAUAAAAAACAGAAACCCUUCAAAAUCUCGAACAGGAUUUUACUGAGCCGUGUGUCAGCAUCAACAAGACAGUGACUUCACAAGAAAUAGCCUCACAAUAAAUAAUAAUAAUAAUAACAACACUAGUACACGUUACUGAUUGACGGGGCUGUUUUCGCCUGCGUUGAUAUAAAGAUACAUUUUCUUCAUUUGAGAAAGAAAAUGAGUGAGCAGAGUAUUUGCCAGGCUCGGGCCUCUGUCAUGGUCUACGAUGAUACCAGUAAGAAAUGGGUGCCAAUCAAACCAGGCCAGCAGGGGUUCAGCCGGAUCAACAUCUACCACAACACUGCCAACAACACCUUCCGUGUGGUGGGGGUCAAGCUGCAGGACCAGCAAGUAGUUAUAAACUAUUCCAUUGUGAAAGGACUGAAGUACAACCAGGCGACCCCCACCUUCCAUCAGUGGCGUGACGCGAGGCAGGUCUACGGGCUGAACUUCGCCAGCAAGGAGGAGGCCACCACCUUCUCCAACGCCAUGCUGUUCGCUCUCAAUGUGCUGAGCACCCAGGAUGGAGGUCCAGCUGUCCAACGCCAAGUCCAGAAUGGGCCCUCUUCAGAUGAUGUGGAAGUGCAGAGAAGGCAGAUGAUGGAGCAGCAGCAACUGCAGGCACAGGUGGAGAGGGACCGACGAGCUUCCACAUCAGUUGCCACCCUUCAGAUCAAAGUGUCCCCUUCUUCCUCUCAGUGUCACUCCCCCCCUCCCGAGUACAGCCACUGCAGGACCGGAGCCCCACCCCCCUCCUACGCUAAAGUCACCUCUCGCUCCUCGUCCCGCGACCAGGACAGUGAUAUCUGCUGCAGCACCUUCCAGCCCGCAGCCCAGUCCUCCGAUCCCCCCCACAGCAGCGCUCCGGCUGCCUCUCAGCUCAGCACCUCCCUGGCCUCCGCCUUCUCCCCGGUGCAGCCCGGUGUGGGCACCCUGUCUCGCAACGUCAGGCAGGUCCCCGUGUCCCCUAUGAUGGGAGCAUCCCACGCUCCCCUGCUGCCCACCAAGCCUGGAGCCUGGUCAUCGCUGCCCCCCUCUCCCCCGGUGGUGAUGGUGCUGCCUCCCAUGAAGCCAGCCGGCCCCCAGCCUGUCCUCCCGGUGGCUCUGCCCCUGAUCCCCCUCCAGAACGGCAGGGUUACAGGCCCCUCCGAGCAGCCAGGGCCCAACUGUGUCCCCCUGAACGGCCACCUGGAGGAUUACUUUCUGAACCAGCUCUGUUCCUCCUCCCGGCACCUCUAUAAAAGCACCGACGGCUCUUUUGAGACCAGCCCCCUGUCCACUCACGCUGCCCCCCACCUGUCCCAGUUCCCCUCCUUCCUGUACCAGCCCGGCCCCCCCUUCACAUCCUCGCCCCCCUCUUACACCACCGUGUCGGAGGGGGCACAGCCCAAGAAGACCCCCCCUCCUCCUCCUCUCACAGCCGCCGCAUCCCACAGCAGUCCUCCUCUCCCGCUUGGACACCCCACGGCUGCCCCGCUCGCUCUGGCCCCCCCUCCACCUCCACCCCCGCCGGGCCCCCCUCCCCCCCCUCCGCUGCCGGCUGGUGGAGGGCCGGUUGCCGGGGGUGAUGACAGUCCAGGGGCGGGGCUGGCUGCAGCGCUGGCUGGAGCCAGACUGCGCCGAGUGCAGAGGUCUGAAGACGGUUCCGGAGGCUCCAGUCCCAGUGGCAGCUCGAAGAACGAGGCCAAUCGAACGAGUGGAGGAGGGGGGCUGAUGCAGGAGAUGAACGCCCUGCUCGCACGAAGGUUAGAAAGGAAAGCAGCUACACAGACCGACAAACCAAGUGAAAAGAAAGAGGAAGAAAGCCAAAGUGAGGAUCCCAGCCCGUCUCCUUCACCCAUUACUCGUGGACCUGGCCAGCAGAACUCUACAGAUCCUCUGAAGAAGCCAUGGGAUCGAGCCAGUUCUGCAGACAGGUCUUCAUUGGUAUCAAGGGUUAAACCAGUAAGCAGCAGCAAUGAUAUGGCCACAGAUGCCUUAGAUUUUGACCGAAUGAAGCAGGAGAUCCUGGAAGAAGUUGUACGCGAGUUGCACAAGGUGAAGGAUGAGAUCAUUGAUGCCAUUAGACAAGAACUCAGUAGAAUCAGCACAACAUAAUACCUGUGGAAGCGCGGGGAGUGGAGGAGAGCUGAGCGGAGAGUGGGGUGGAGAGGAGGCUGGAGGAGCGCAUCUGCACUGUGUGUUAGCUGAGCGGAGAGGGGGGUGGAGAGGAGGCUGGAGGAGCGCAUCUACACUGUGUGUUAGCUGAGCGGAGAGGGGGGUGGAGAGGAGGCUGGAGGAGCACGUCUGCACUGUGUGUUAGCUGAGCAGAGAGGGGGGUGGAGAGGGGGCUGGAGGAGCGCGUCUGCACUGUGUGUUAGCUGAGCGGAGAGGGGGGUGGAGAGGAGGCUGGAGGAGCGCGUCUGCACUGUGUGUUAGCUGAGCGGAGAGGGGGGUGGAGAGGAGGCUGGAGGAGCGCGUCUGCACUGUGUGUUAGCUGAGCGGAGAGGGGGGUGGAGAGGAGGCUGGAGGAGCGCGUCUGCACUGUGUGUUAGCUGAGCGGAGAGGGGGGUGGAGAGGAGGCUGGAGGAGCGCGUCUGCACUGUGUGUUAGCUGAGCGGAGAGGGGGGUGGAGAGGAGGCUGGAGGAGCGCGUCUGCACUGUGUGUUAGCUGAGCAGAGAGGGGGGUGGAGAGGGGGCUGGAGGAGCGCGUCUGCACUGUGUGUUAGCUGAGCGGAGAGGGGGGUGGAGAGGAGGCUGGAGGAGCGCGUCUGCACUGUGUGUUAGCUGAGCGGAGAGGGGGGUGGAGAGGAGGCUGGAGGAGCGCGUCUGCACUGUGUGUUAGCUGAGCGGAGAGGGGGGUGGAGAGGGCUGGAGGAGCGCAUCUGCACUGUGUGUUAGCUGAGCAGAGAGGGGGGUGGAGAGGAGGCUGGAGGAGCACGUCUGCACUGUGUGUUAGCUGAGCGGAGAGGGGGGUGGAGAGGAGGCUGGAGGAGCGCGUCUGCACUGUGUGUUAGCUGAGCAGAGAGGGGGUGGAGAGGAGGCUGGAGGAGCGCGUCUGCACUGUGUGUUAGCUGAGCGGAGAGGGGGGUGGAGAGGAGGCUGGAGGAGGACGUCUGCACUCGGAAAUGUUUCUGUACAUUUUAGAGACUUGACCCAAACUGCAGCUUGAUACUUUCAGUCUGCAGAAUGUUAAAAAAUCUUAAAUAUGUUUUGAAGUUAUAAAAACUGUUUUUCUAGAAUGGUUUUUUUUUUUUCAAACAAGCGUUGCACACCAUUUUAUGUCAGCCUUUUAUAUUUUAUAUCUGUACUUUUUUGUUUGUUUUUGGUUGAAAGCACAUACACUUUGCUUUAUAGUUACAUUACCUCGGUAUCAUUUGUACAGUUUGAUUUUUGGUUUAAAAACAUUUUAAUUUUUGUUUUUUUCAAUCCUUUGCCAACACCAAUGUUUGAAAUCACUGGGAAAAAAAUAACAGUUUGAACCUGAACUAGUUGUGGAAGAAUAGAAAAUAUGUUCUUGAAUAUUUCAACCUUAUGAACGGUGCAUCAGAACACCAGAGUAUUUGUGACCAUGUUGUUAAUAAAAUGUUUACUGGC